AUGCAUUUAAUAAAUGAUGAUUCCUUGAAAAAAAAGAAAUCACAUCUAAACAAUCCAGAAAGUAAAAUCAAAAUUAAUAAUAAUAUGAAAUUGUCUAUAAGCACAAGUCACAGUUAUGAAGAGAAUGAUGACCAUUCAGAAUGUUUGUCUUUUUCAAAAUAUUCGGAUACUUUAAAAAAAUAUAAUGAAAAUGAAUAUCAGGCAGACAAUCGCUUAAAUGCAAAAUCAAAGGAAUCUUUUAAUGAUUGGGAAAUAAAGGAAAAAAUAGAAUUGGACAAAUCUCUCGAUGAACAAACACUUAAUAAAAAUGAUAAAUUACAAAAUAAUACAAAAAUUGAAUAUAAAGAUAAAGCUUCUAAUUUCUUUGAUUAUAUGGAAAGAAGAAAUAAAGAAUUCGAAGAAGAAAAAGAAGAAAGCGAUUUUUAUUCAUGUAAUUUAAGCGGAGAAAAUGAUUAUUCAGUAAAGGAAUAUAAACAUAAUUUGGAAAAAAACGGUAUAAAUACAAAAGGGGUGCUAACAGAUGAUGAAAUAGAAAAAAAGGAUGUAAAAAAAAAAGUUGAAACGAAAUUUGAGCAUUCCCAAAAGAUGGAAUAUGCAAAAGAAUGUGAUGAAGAGAUAAACAUUGAGAUAGAACUUGAAAAAAAAAAUACACAAACAUUUGAAGAUGAUUAUGAUUUUCCUAGUGAAUAUUAUACUAUAUUUAAUAAUGAAUCAAAAUUAUCAAAUCUUAUAAAAAUCAAUGAUGAAAAUAAAACCGAAGGUGAACAUAAAUCAUCCGAAUGGGAUUUGGGGUAUACUGAAAACAUAAAAAAAUCAAGAGAGAAAAAUAUUAAUAUACUUAAUUCAAAAUGCAAACAAAAUUGUAAUUUUAUUAAAAAUGAAGGAGUACAUCCAAAAAACGGAUCUAUUAUGGAUAAAAGAAAAAUCUUGCAUAGCAUGUCUUCAAAGGCAUCUAUCCCAGACAAGGAUAAUAUCGAAGGAGCGCAAAAAAAAAUUGAGUCAUUCUAUUUAUGUGAUAUGGAAAAUAAUCCUUCACAUUCAAGAUGUGAUAGUGAAGGAAAUUUAACAGAAGAAUCACAAGAAAAAUCGGAAAACGAAACAGGAGAUGAGCAAGAAAUAGCAUAUAUUAAAAAGGGUAGUAAUAACACAAUUUCCAAUUUGGAACGAGAUAGUUCAGAAAAUUUUAAUAGUGAAUUAGAUAGUAAUGAUAUUGAUACUUUAAAAAAAAGUCCUAAGAAUUGUUCUUAUAAUAAAGAAGAUAAAAUUAAUAACUAUAGAAUCUUAAAAUGUGUGGUUAAAUCACCAAUAGUUUUAAAUAAAAGUUAUAAGUCAACAUUCCACAAUGAUAAUAAAUAUGAUGUAAAAAAUCGUUUAAAGGAGAAAAUUAGCAAUUUGAAUGAAAAAUCGCGUAAAUUUUCUUUAUCAAACAAAGGAACCCAUAUAAAAUGUAAAUAUAGUUCAUAUAAAAAUAAAAAUUUGAAUUUAUUACCAAAAAGGGUUGAUAUAUAUAAUAAAAAUAAACAUUGCAAAAAUAUCAUUAACUUAAAAAAAAACAAUAAUAAUAUAAUAAAGCCAACCAAAGUAACAAGACACCAACAGGAUUUUUCUGUUGACAUGAUUAAUGGGAUUAAAAAAAUGGAUAGAAAGAUAAAUACAAAACGAAUAUAUAGCAUUUGCACAAAUGGAAAAAAUGAAAAAAUAAAACUUCCAAUUUUCAAAGUGAGCCCAAUGAUACAAAAAAGGAAUUUUGAUUUUGAUGCAAUGGUAGUAAAGGAUGGACAUGUCAUUCCAAGAAAAAAAAACUCAGUAAAAGAAGCUUUUGAUAAAUAUAAAUUAUAUAAAGAAAAAUCAAAAAUAUAA